AAUGCUUGAAACUAAAAAUGAUACUAUUACUCUAGCAUUCGCAUAACCUUAAAAUAAAUGUUCAAUUGGUGUAGGUGCUAUUAUUAGAAAACAAAAUUAAAUCUUAUUAGUCUAAGAAGCCAAUGGACCAGUUAGAUAUUCCUGGGCUUUUCCAGCUGGAUUACUAUAAGAAAAUGAAACAAUUUAAGCAGGAAUUACAAGAGAAAUCUAAGAAGAAAUAGGAGUAGAUUCAUAAUAUAAAUCUAUUAUUUUUUUUGGUUAAUAACCUUAAUCUAGAUGGGGUAAAUAAGAUUUCUAUUUUGGAUGUGAAGUAGAAAUAUUCAAAGAUGAAUUCAAAAUAUGUUAAAAUGAAUUACUUGAUUGUAAAUGGUGGAAUAUUGAUCAAAUUCAUCAACUUGCUUUGACACCAAUAACCAGAAUUGGUCUACCUUUUAUCUUAUGA